AUGGACCUGGAGGGCUCCAUCUUCCGGCUCUCCGACACCGCCAACAAGUUCACCGUGCUCGGCUGCAAGACGCUCGCCUACAUCGGCGACACGGACAACGUCACGUCGUACACGGCCGUGUGCGGGGCCACAUGCAAGGACGGCAACCUCUCGCUGCUGACCAACGGUUCCUGCGAGGGGAUCGGCUGCUGCCGGACGGCGAUACCGAGGGGGCUGGAGAACUACCGGGUGUGGUUCGACGGGAGCUUCAGCACCGGCCGCUGUAGCUACGCGGCGCUGGUGGAGGCGUCCAACUUCACCUUCUCCUCCGCCUACCUUUCCUCGUCGGCGUUCGUCGACGCCUACGGCGGGCAGGCGCCGCUGGUGGUGGACUGGGCUAUUGGAACGCUGCAAGGGGAGACUUGCGAGUCAGCACGCGCCAAGCCGGAGUCCUAUCCGUGCGUCGGCAACGACAGCGUGUGCAUCGACUCGCCUAUUGGACGAGGCUACUUCUGCAGAUGCAAGAAAGGGUACCAAGGAAAUCCUUACCUUCCAUACGGAUGCAAAGAAUAA